CCCACCUUAAGGGGUCCCAAAGGCGGACAGCCCCCAUAGGGACCUCCCCAAGGGCCAGGGAGGAAGGCAAAGUUCAGUGGGUCAGGAAGCCACGGUCUCAAGCCAUCUCUAUGUUAGGACUGGCCUGGCCAGAGUGGCCUCCUACCUCCCUGGGUCCAGCAGUAGCUGACAAAAGGCUGAAGGGCAGCUCCCCAUAGGGUCAGCUGUGGCCGCCCUGGUUCAAUGAGAUGGGAGUGGAGGGGCUUUGCCAGCUGGGCAGGCCAGGGUCAGGGCACAGGUCCCGGGGAUAGCCCUGGGGGCCGAUGAGAAUCAAGAAGGUCAUAUCUGGUCUGUGACCUCCUGCCGAGGCAGGCAGAGCCAGGCUCUUCCCAGUGACCCCUGAGUGGGCUCUGGUCUGCAUCACUGUGACCUUGAUGAGCUCAGAGGAAGCCCAGCAGCCUGCCCCAGCCAAGGUUGGUGGAAGGUCAUCACCAGAGGCUGGUCACCUGGACACUGUGGCCCCUCCCCCAUGGCCAGCUGCCACCUGGGGCAUGCUGGGACAGGCCAGGGUUGCCCAUUGCCCAGGUGAACUAACUCCUCGUGGGUGGUCCUUGAAAUGGGCUUUGCUGUGUAAAGUUGGCCUCAGUACAGACAACUCUGGAGGAAAGUUGGAGGAGGUGAGGCUGACUCAGCAGGACAGAAAUGCUCCAUGAUGUGAAGGAAGCCACUUCUGGGGGCUAAAUUCAAGCACAAGAAGGCCUGUUUUGCAGCCUACUUCACUAAUCUAAAACCUAUCUGAUGGUAGGCACGUACAACCUGUCGUUAUAUAAAGUUAUCGCCUGGGGUCGGCUGGAAGCAGGGCCGGUGGGAGGUGCCUUUUCUCUCCUGGAGGAAGAAUCAGGUCUGGAAGCAGCACAGCUCCCUCCAGGGUUCUUUCAGGACCAGGUUCUCCAGCUUCUUUCUGCUCCGCUUUCUUUCAGGACAGAGAUGAAGUGCCAGCCCCGGAGCCAGGGAGGUGGGGGCACCCAAGGGGGCGGGUGGCAGUGCGUGCUGGCCGAUGCCCGGGGCCUGGGUCCGUGAAGGCUGGAUGCUCUGCUGCUCAGGUGCCUCUGCUGACCCGAGAUGGAGAACUUCCAGUACAGUGUCCAACUGAGCGACCAGGACUGGGCUGAGUUCUCGGCCACUGCCGAAGAGUGUGGCCUCCUGCAGGCCGGCCUGGCCUCUGGGGAUGAGCUCUUGUCCAGUGACAUUGACCAAGGGGACAGCAGUGGCAGCAGUCCCCCUGGGCCCCCGCCCCUUCUCCAGGGGCAGCCGGCUUCUAGGGAGAGGGGCUGGCCUGGUCUCGAGGAGGAGGACAAAGUGGCCACUCGGCAGCUGGUCAGCAGGUCUUGGCAUGAGCCCACCUUGGCCCCGGAGCCCGGUCAGCAGACGCCCAGCACGUCCGCACAGCCAGAAGCUCAGCUGUCCCUCAGCUCUGGUGCCACCCCUCCUGGCCAGAGCGCAUCCCUCCUUGGGCCAGAGUCUUCCAGACAGGAGAUGCAGAGGCUUCUGCAAGGGCCGGCCCCCCGGGGCCCUGCCCCUAGUCCCCCUGGGGAGCCCCCCCAGAGCCCCGAGUCUCCUGGCCGCAGCACUGCCCCCCAGAGGCCUCCUGGAAGCCCUGGAGCCCCACCCCGCAGCCCCAGCCGAAAGAAGAGGCGCCCUGCAGGCACCAAGGUGGGUGGGCGCUCGGGGGCCGCCGGCUCUGCUCCCACCCAGCCGGGCUGCCUGCUGCUCACGGAGCCCAGGCCUGAGGAGGGUCUCGGCCUGGCUGGGUCCAGGGGGAAGGGUCUCUCAACUGGGAUAGCAGAGUGUACAGCAGGAGCUGGGCAGGACGAACUGGGGUCAGAGUCUGCAGGAACCCCUGAGCAGGUGACCAAGCAAGGGCCAGGUUUGGAUCUGUCUACACCUGUUCCUACAACUCAGCAAGGUACAGACCUGCUCAGAAUGACCCCCAGAGCUGGGGUACACACUGUGACCACAUCUGCCCAUAAAGCUCGUCUAGACGUCUCAAUGGUUAAGUCAGAUGUGGCUCUGUCUACACCUGUCUCCAAGCCUCAACCUGACACAACUCUGUCUACAUCGGCCUCCAAGCCUCAACCCAAGAUGCCUCUGUCUACACCAGCCUCCAAGUCUCAACUAGACACAACUCUGUCUACACUUGCCUCCAAGCCUCAACUCGACAUGCCUCUGUCUACACCGGCCUCCAAACUUCAACCUGACACAACUCUGUCUACACCAGCCUCCAAGCCUCAACCUGACACGCCUCUGUCUACACUUGCCUCCAAGCCUAGACUGGAUGUGGACCUGCCUACACCAGGUCCAGUGGUCAAGCCAGAGGUGGAUUCAUCCACACCUGUCUCAAAGGCUAUACCAUGCACAGCUCUGCCUCCCCUUGUGUCCAAGGCCCAGUGUGAUGUGGAUGUGUCUAUACCUGCUGCCCUUCCCCAGGCUGAGCCUGAUGUGGUGGAGGUUGCCCCAGCGGUAGAACUGGGUUUGACCCCUGUUGUGUCUCCAGGAGGGCAGCGAGAGAGGCCCAGAGGGGAGCCUCCAGCAGGUGCCCCUGGACAUCGCUCAGGGGAGCCCCCCAUAGGGCCUGUCCAAAGCGCCAAAAAGAAGAAAGUGCGAUUCUCCAUGGCUGUGUCCAGUCCCUCCGAGGAGCCAGGGUUAGGAGAGGCCUUGGGCCCACCCUCACCAGCCACAGCCCGGUCCUCAGCCCCCAGGAUGGCAGCUGGGGGCCGCGGGGGGCCUGGAGCCUGGGACGCUGUGGCAGUUGGGCCCCGGCCCCUCCAGCCUCGGGUCCUCAAGCUUCUGCCUCCCCCGGCCUCCUCUGCCUUGGAGUGGCCCGAGCCCAGGAGCUGCUUUGCAGUGACCCUCCCAGAGGCCUAUGAGUUCUUUUUUUGUGACACGAUUGAGGAAGAGGACGAAGAUACUGUAGAGGCAGCAGAGGCUGGCCAGGCUGCAGCUGAAGUCCAGUGGCCGGACGUGUGCGAGUUCUUCUUCCAGGACUUGCAAGCCCAGAGGUCGGAGCACCCAGUGGGGCGCUCCUUGGCCCCACCCCCUCCGGCCAAGCCUAUGCCAGCUCCUCCACCUGGAGACCCCAUGCCCAUCUCCAUCCCUGAGGCCUAUGAUCACUUCCUUGGGGAGGACAGGGUAGACAGCAUGCUGGGACCGGCUGCCCUUCUCCAGUUGCAGGCCACAGAGAACCCCAGGUCGGUCCCCCAUGGAGUGGGCCCUGGAACCCCACCAGAGCCCUGCCCAGCCACAGCAGAGCAGCUCAACCUGGCAGUCAGGCAAGCAGGGGAGCCCUGGGGUCCCCUCACCUCGUUUACCUUCAGCCAGAACGACAUGUGCCUAGUGUUUGUGGCCUUUGCUACCUGGGCUGUGCGAACAUCGGAUCUGCAUACCCCAGACGCCUGGAAAACAGUCUUGCUGGCCAACAUUGGCACCAUCUCUGCCAUCCGAUACUUCCGUGGUCAGGUGCGGAGGGGGCGCCGCAGCCCGAACCGCAGUCGCAGCCCCAGCCCCAGCUCCAGUUCCAGCUCCUAGGACCCAGUCUUGGCCCAGGAAGACGCAGGAUGAGGAAACGGCCACAGGUGCUCAGGGCAGGCGCUGCCCUCAGGCCUUGCACUUUGACCUCUGUUCUCCACCAUCUAGGAAGGAGCCAGCAUCCUUGGUCUUGGCUCCUUUGGACUCCACCGAGGGUCCAGCCAGUGGCUGAGGCCAAGGCUAUACCCCACACCCGGAGAGGGGAAGGUUCUGGAAGGCUGGGCGAGAAGGGGCUGAGCAGGGAGCUGGUUAGUAAGGUGGCCAGGGUAGCAAAUCAGAGCACAGGAUGUCCAGUGAUGCCUGAAUUUCAGACAUGUAGUAUUUGAGCCGUAUUUACACUAAGAUAUUUGCGGUUUAUCUGAAAUCAAAUUUGACUGGGUGCCCUGUAUUUUACCAGCUUAUCUAGUCAGGGGGUGAGGGCAGGGCACUGGAAAUUAGGGGGUCAGAGCAGCAGCAAGACCCUGCUGGAGACCUGGGCAGGGGCAAGGGUGAUGAGGCUGGGUGGGCUUGAGGCUGGGGGGGCAGGUCCCAGGGACUCUCUGCCCCAUUUAGAAGUGGGCUGGACUGGUGAGGGCCUCUGAGGCCUCCCUGGUCCCUGAGCCCCAAGGGCCUGUGGCCAAGGCCUCCUUGGCUCCUGCCUGAGACAGUGAACAGGGGCCUACAGGGGCCUAUGGGAAGGGGCUCCAGAGGCCCCUGCAGGGCGGGGGUCUAUAGGGCAGAGCCUGGACAAGGUGCAAGGGCAGAGUGCAAUGGUGUCAGGUAGAGGGACUGGACCUGGGAUUGUCCCGGGGCUGAGAGGAGCCGGAGAUGGGGUAGGUAGGUGGGCAGGGGACUGGUGGUGGCAGAGCAGCGGGGGUGCUGGGGGGGCAUGCAUGGGGUCCUCAGGACGACGGGAGACUCCAGGCUGCUAAGUGGAGAACGCAUGGAUACAGCACCAAUAAAUCUCCUUCUCUUUC